CUCUUUCCGUUGCCAUGGAAAGGAGCUGAGCUGACGCGAGAGAUGCACAACUGUACGGCGAACAAUGACACAGGAGAAGGCAAAGAAUAAAACACCGACAAAAAACAAACUAAAAUUGAAAAAGCCUCAUUCGGUUGUGAAGGAAAGAGAAAAACAAGGCUGGAGAGUUGCUCAGGUUUUACUAUGGUGAACUCGACGGAUAUAAAACAGCGUGAGAACGAAGACCUUCAUGAACUUUCGUCAGUUGUACGCUUAAUAGUACAGAGGUAUGAAGGGGAAACAUGUGAAGGCCAGUUUCAUGGAGAUGGUCUCGCUUGUUUUGAAGGAGGUCAUAUGUAUAAGGGAAUGUUUUCUAAAGGACUGAUGGAUGGACGUGGUGUCUUCACACAGGCUGGUGGAUUAAAAUAUGAGGGAGAAUUUGUCUGCAACCAGCCCAUGGGUGAGGGCACCUACAUCUGGCCUGAUGGCAGUACCUAUAAGGGUGAGGUGUAUAAAGGUAUACGACAAGGGACUGGAACCUACACCUGUGCAAAAAACUGUGUUUCAUACACAGGGCAGUGGGAUCAGGGAAAGAGGCAUGGAAAGGGUGAAAUGUAUUACAACCAGGAUAAGACAUCUUGGUAUAAAGGCGACUGGGUGGAGAACAACAGAGAGGGUUGUGGAGUGAGAUGUUACCCCUCUGGUAAUACUUACUCUGGUGAGUGGAAGAACAACCUGAGCCAUGGAGAAGGAACCAUGAACUGGCUCAAACUUGGAGAGGCGUAUGUUGGGAUGUGGCAGAAUGGAGUUCAACACGGACAAGGCACACACACCUGGAUCCUGAGGCGAGCAGACGGAUCCCAGUACAUCAAGAGCAACCAGUACACUGGGGAUUUCAUUCAGGGCCAAAGACACGGACAGGGAACCUUUUACUACGCUGGUGGAGCGGUCUAUGAAGGGGAGUGGAGGAGGAACAAAAAACAUGGAAAGGGGAAAUUCACCUUUAAGGAUGGCCGUGUUUUUGAAGGAGACUUUAUGAAUGAUCAGAUGAUGACAGACAUCCUGAAUGGGAAACGAGCUCCCACUCCUUUUUGUGGUCCCUCUCCCCUGCCAGGCAGUGAUUCAUCAGUCUUGGGACCAGACAUGACCCUGAACAUUGAUUAUCUUCUGGAUAAAAUCCCCUCGAGAAACCGUGACACAGAGCGUGAACAGGUGGAGUAUGUGGUGCUGAGGCUGGCAGCUGAUCUCAGGUCAGUCUACAGUUUCUACAGCAGACUUGGUCAGGCCCACUCUCCUGACAACACCUUCCUGCUGUCUCGCCUGCAGCUUUGGCGCCUCCUUAAGGACUGUUACAUCCAUCAUCAUGGCCUCACUCUGACAAAGAUAGACAAUUUUAUCAGAAAUGCCCCUACAACAGAGCUACACUCUCCUUUUGCUCCCAUUCUUCUUCGUGGGCUCCUCAGCUGUCUGGUUGUUGUGGCCUACCACAUCUACCAUAAGGACAUGGAGUCACAGAAGAACCUUCUGGCUGCCUGCUUUUCCAAACUGAUGGCCGACAACAUCCUCCCGAAUGCUAAGAAUGUAAAAGGCUUCUUGUUUAGACUUCCAGGCUGUGCAGUGGUGGCUAUGAACUACUUAAAGAAGUGCUGGGAAAUCUAUCAGGCUUACUGCAAAGUCUUUAAAUCCCCCCGAGAUAAGCAGACUCUGUCCUGCGGACACCUGCUCUGGAUGUUCAAGGAUCUUGACUUGCUGGACAGGAACCUGACAGUAGGGACAUUAUUGCAGAUCCUCGCCUCAGAGGGCAGUGACCCCAGCAACUUUUCCUCCUGUCUGGAUCUGGAGAUUACGUUCCUGGAGUUUUUUGAGGUACUCCUGGGCUCUGCUGAGGUGAAGUGUCAGCAGGUUUCUGGAAGCCUGGAGGAGGAGGGCCUUGAAACUGAAGUCAGAAGAGAUCUACAUGAAUCAGAGGCAAUAGAGAAAAUGACUGGAAAAUCACAGGAAUCACCUACUGCACAAGACAAUGUGGGCCAACCAGACGUCCAAACUAAAUUUGAUGAAAAUCUUCAGAAUGCAGUGCACACAGAAGAUUAUACAGGUGAAGAGGGAUACGCAGGGAAAACCAGAAGAGUGGAGGCCAAAGAUCAUGAACCUGAACUUUGGAUGCAGAUGAUCCAUCAGUUCUUCAACCACUUUCUCUUCCCGGCUUAUGAACACAACAAGCUGGUGUCCAAAAAGAUGGAGGAGCAGCUCCACAAGAAUGGCGAGAAACACAUCAGCCCAGCAGAGAGCGAGGCAGUUUACUUCUGAUUCCCAGCUAAGGUUCAUUUCAUCUUUAACUUUGGUAGAGGACCCAAUCAAAGGCAGGGACUGCAAAGAAACACACUUGUGAUGAAGCCAACUGGUCCUGCGCUAUCAUUGAAUUAAUAAUAGUUAUAUAUGAAUACAUUAAGGAAGUAAUAAAAGUAUUGUCUGUAUA